CACGUGACGAGGCUGACACGUGUCGCCUGUGCGCCGCGUUCCACGCCGCUAACUGCUGACAACGUAUCCGCUGAACUCCUGGUCCUUGGGCUGUUGAGCUGAGUUGUUGAUCUGCUCUCGGCUUCACCAGAGCUCGAGUGAGGAGGAGGCGCCAUGAGUUUGCCGACCUUGCUGCUGCUGAGCGCCUCUGCGCUGCUGAUGCUUUCCACGCCGGGGGCUGCCAAGAAGGACUACGGUCUGUACUGUGGAGCUUGCCGAGCGCUGGUGGACGAGGUGACGUGGGAGGUAGGCCAGGUGGACCCCAAGAAAACCAUCCAGGUGGGCUCCUUCCGCAUCAACCCCGACGGAACCCAGGACACCACCGAGGUGCCUUUUGCCCGCUCGGAGGCCCACCUGCUGGAGGUGCUGGAGGGCGUGUGCCAGCGCGUGGGCGACUACGCCGAGGUGGACGCCGGCUCGGGGAAGCCGCGCUCGUUCGUGCGCACGACCGCCCGUCCCGGCGAGAAGCUCGACCUGACCAACGUCACCAUCAGCGGCGACAUGGGCACCAUGCUCAAGUUCGCUUGCGAGAACAUUGCGGAGGAGUUUGAGGACGACAUCAUCUCGCUCUUCGUUCACGAGACAGACCAUGUCGCCGACAAGCUGUGCAGCAAAAAAUCCGAUUACUGCGAGCACACGUUGCACGUUCCGCACGACGAACUCUGAAGUGGGGGGGGGGGGGCUUCUCCAGUUAAUGACACGGACACGAGAAUAUGCGGACGACACACAGAAGACACACGGACGACACACGGACGACACACGGAUGACACAGAUGACACAGACGACACACAGACGACACAGAGACGACACAGAUGACACACGGAUGACACACGGAUGACACAGGUGACAUACAGAUGACACACAGAUGACACACAGGUGACACACAGAUGACACAUGGGCGACACGCGGACGACACGUAGACACAGCGGACGACAUGCGGACGACACGUGGACACGCAGAUGACACACAGACGACACGCAGAUGACACACAGACGACACGUAGACACAGCAGACGACAUGUGGACGACACGUGGACACGCAGAUGACACACAGAUGACACACGGGCGACACGCGGACGACACGUAGACACAGUGGACGACACGCGGACGACACGUGGACGACACGUGGACACGCAGAUGACAUGCUGACGACACGCAGAUGACACACGGAUGACGCGUGAACAAGCAGGCAACACGUGGACACGCGGACGACACGCGGACAACAUGAGCACACCGGCCUCUUAACAAGCAGCAAGCGAUGAUACCGGCACGUAGCGGACAUCUCGUCGCACGGAUCACAACGGUUGCGCAGCAGCGACUCGGCGCUGCCGUGGACCGCCACCCCCCACGCAGUCCCAGGGAGGAGCGGCACGGCUCGUUGCACGUGGAGAUCUUCCAGGAGAUGUGUCGCUCGUUCUUGUUUUCUUUCUGGUGAACACAAUCGGUCAGA